AUGUUGCUUAUCAUAAUGAAGGAGUGGCUCGCCCAGUGGAAUCAAUACAAGGAGAAGUAUCACUGUCAUGUGACACAGCCUCCGUCGUCAUGUGACUCCGAUCAACGCAAAGCUCUUCGUAGCAACACCAACAUCUUCCGUUGUUGUCGAACGAGGAAUCCAUUCCGCCGCAGCUGUGAGGGACGAACCGCCAGCACUACCCGCCGCCCUCAGGAACGUCAGCGUGGAGGAUGUCUUGGUCUAGCUAGCCGAGAUGAAAGCGUUCUCUCAAGCGUCCUACCAAAAGCUCCAAUCACUUUUGACGGCUCCCAUCACCGCAGCCACGACCAAUUAGGAGGAUGUCACGACGACUGA